CUCGCGGUGACCGCAGCUGUUGUGCGCAUGCGCGGAUGAGUUUGAAGCUCAGGCUGCUCUUCAGGAUGGCCGCGGAUAACAGUGUGCUGCUGGGUUUAGUGGAAGAAUUCGUGUCAGGACAGGUUGAUAGCAAGGCCACGGACACCGCUACAGGUAUCAAGACUGGGCAAUUCACGAUUCUCCAGCUGGUCGAAGCUUUGGGGUUGAGUCUGACCAGCUCUCAGCAUCAGACACGUGGCAGAGGAGUUCAGCUCCUGUCUCUAGUCCUGCAGGAAUGCUACAGCUGCCUCUCUGAGAGGGAGGUGGAGGUCCUGUUAGCUUUCUAUGAAAACAGACUGAAGGAUCACUAUGUGAUCACGCCGCAUGUUCUUCAGGGACUCAAGGCUUUGACAAAAUGCUCAGUUCUGCCUCCUGGUUCAGCUGUGUCCAUUUUGAGAUCCAUCUUUCAGGAUGUUCAUGUUCAGUCCUUGAUGCUGGCUGAGCGAUCAUGUGUUUACAACAUCCUUAUCAGUCUAAUGGAGUCCAGAGAGGAAGAGCUCAAAGGUUUGGGUGCAGACUUUACAUUUGGAUUUGUGCAGUCAGUAGAUGGAGAACGGGAUCCACGCAACCUCCUGCUAGCGUUCCAGGUGGCCAGGAACAUCAUUCACAGGGGUUACGAUCUCGGUAAAUUUGUAGAGGAACUCUUUGAAGUGACGUCCUGUUAUUUCCCCAUAGACUUCAGCCCUCCACCCAAUGAUCCUCAUGGGAUCACACAGGAAGAUCUUAUUCUUUCUCUACGGGCUGUUCUUACUGGGACGUCUCAGUUUGCUGAGUUUCUGUUACCAUUGAUCAUUGAGAAGCUGGACUCAGAUGUUCAGAGUGCUAAAGUGGACUCCCUGCAGACACUGGCUGCCUGCGGUUUGACAUAUACUCAUAAAGAGCUGGCAGAAUUCCUUCCAGGCCUUUGGAGCUCGAUACGAAGAGAGGUGUUCCAGACGGCCAGUGAGAGGGUGGAAUCCGCCGGUCUGUCGGCUCUCAGUGCGCUCACGUCCUGUCUGUCCCGUUCUGUGCUCAGUUCAGACUCUGAGGAUUACCUGCAGGUGUUCCUAAACCUCGUCCUCAAAGACUGUCAGCACCAUCUCUGCGAGCCAGACCUCAAGCUGGUGUGGCCCAGUGCCAAACUCCUGCAGGCCGCCGCCGGAGCCUCAUACAGAGCGAGUCUGAUAGUGUCGGCUGCCGUCAUACCUGCCCUCAUGGAGCAGUAUAAUAACAGGACGCAGUGUGCUCAGCGGCGCACCCUGCUGGAGGUUCUGCAGGGUUUUGUGCAGCCCACCCCACUCAGCCGGCCUGCAGAUGGCGAGGAGAGUGUGUUGGUUGCGUUUCAGCAGUCUUUGUGUAGCGUGGUGUUUUCUGCGCUGGCGGAGUCUAGUGCUGGUCUGCAGGUCACAGCCACACGUGUGCUUACUGCACUGGGACAGCAGCCCGGCUUGUUGGCUCAGACAGAUGUUGAGAAAGCCGUAGAUCAUUUGACCAGACUCAUUCUGGAGGAAGGAGAUAUUCAAGUGAGUUUGGCUGUAGUGGAGUGUUCAGGCUCUCUGGCUCAUCUGCAUCCCAAAGCCUUCAUCUCCAGGAUGAUUCCUCGGCUGAAGGAAGAGAUCCUGUCAGAGUCUAACGCAGCUGUCCGUCAGCGGUGUGUGACGGCGGUGGCGUCUGUGUCAUCUCAGCUCAGUGUUGUGCAGGAAAGCGCUCCCGUUCUGCUACAGGUGCUGGCUUCAGCCCAUACAGGUAGCUGUAGUUUCUCCAUGGAGGAAGUGACCGCUGCAUGCAUCAGUUUGCAGAGGAUAGCAGCGCACGCGCAUGACGCUGAGGAGAUUGGACAAUUCUUCCAUGACAACAUCAUUCCACGACUUCUAGGACUGGCCUUACAGGCAGCACUGCAGAGUAGAGACUCUGGUCGCAGUAGUCCACUUACAGAUGAAGCCGUUCUGUCUGCUUUAGUUCCGGUCAUCAGCACAGCCUGUGCUGCGUUACAAUCAGGGUCAGCGUCCCGCAUGGCCGCCCAGGCUGUUUCUCUGUUCCUGGAUGGAGAUGUGUCCUUUCUGCCGGAGAAUGCCUUCCCUUCCCAAAUCCAGUUGCUCCAGAGCCAGGCAGAGUCUCGGGGUCCGUCUCAGUUGGUGUGUCUGCUGAUGGCCUGUGUUUGCUCUCUUCCACGCAGCGUGGAUAUUCCUGAGAUUGACACACUUCUGGUCCAGUUGGAAGAUCUGAGCUGUAUGUGUUCACACCUCUUCUCCUACACGUUUGCUGCGAAAUGCUUCGCUGGUUUGGUCAACAAAGAGGCCGGUGAAGCUCUUGACGCAGUGCUGGAGAGAGUGUUGAAGAGGAUCAGUGUGGAGCUGGACAACGUUUCCUCUUCCCAGCGAACACAAGCGUUCACACUGCUGCUCUGGGUAACUAAAGCCCUCCUCUUACGGUAUCAUCCGCUAUCAACAGCUCUGACUGACAAGCUCUUUGCUCUGUUGAGUGACCCAGAAUUAGGAUCUCAGGCGGCCGACGGCUUUUGCGUCCUCAUGAGCGACUCGCCAGAUGUGCUCAAUCGCAGUUGCCACGCAGAUGUGCGCAUCAUGUACAGACAGCGUUUUUUCGCUGAAAACUCAACCAAACUCGUUAAAGGCUUCAACUCUGCAGAGCAGGAGAAGAAGUCUUGUUAUUUGAAAGCCCUGUCACACAUCGUCAAUAAUCUUCCCAGAGAAGUCCAGCUCACAGAGCUUCCUGCAUUGCUGCCGCUCCUGCUGGAGGCGCUGUCGUGUCCGGAUCAGGCGGUUCAGCUGUCCACUCUGUCCUGCCUGCAGCCGGUGCUGCUGGAACCCCCGGCGGCCCUCAGGAACCAGCUGGAGGCGCUGUUCUCCCGCCUGCUGGCCCUUGCCACCAGCCCUGCUAUGAAAGUGAGAAUCGCGUCUCUCCGCUGUGUUCAUGCUCUCUCUCGCCUGCCUGAACAUAUGGUCCUGCCGUUCCGUGCCAGAGUGCUGAAAGCUCUUGCUGCUCCUCUGGACGACACAAAGAGGCUGGUGAGGAAGGAGGCUGUGGCGGCUCGAGGGGAAUGGUUUUUGUUAGGAAGCCCCGGUGGAAGAUGAACUGAUGUUAACGUUGGGAACGGCCCAGAUGGAUCACCGCUCACAGCCUUUGAUUUUACUCCCUUAUCCCCUUUUUUAUGAUAUGACACAGCAAUGGCUGAACAGACUGUCAGCAGCCAAGAACUGCUUGAGUGAAGCUCUUUUCAGAUGGACCUUCAACAGCAGAUGCUGAAUCAAGAUCGCAAGAGUAAAGCGCACCGUGUGCUGUUAUCAUUUCAAUCAUGCCGUGUCAUUAUUAUAGGGAUGUUAGAUGCAGAAUCCAGAUUGCUCUUUGAAUGUGCUGUUGAUACGACUGUCCUAAUGUCAGUGUUUUUGAACUGAUGCGUUUCGUUAGCCACGAUGUUGGUUGGUUGUCCGUUUUCACAAGACUGACUUUAAAGGUCUAAUUGACUAAACUGAUGCCAAGAAUAUAAACGAUAUUUAAGUGUCAAAUAACCUGUCAAUAAAACUUUUUGUAAAUGUGUA